AUGAGCAAGGAAGAUAAUACAGACAACAGUCAAUCGGAAUCUUCAGAAAGUACAGAAAACAGCAAGAAAGAUAAUACAGACAGCAGUCAAUCGGAAUCGUCAGAAAGUACAGAAAGCAACGACGAGGAAGAUGAAGAGAAGGAUGCGAAACCAAAUAAAAGAAACAAAUUUCGUUGCCCUCUUCGCGGCUGUGGCUCCAAAGUAUAUAAGCUCCCUCGUCAUUUAAAGAAUGUGCAUGGCUGGAGUGCCGAAAGAGCCAGAAAUGCUGUCAAUCAAUUUGACAUGCGCCACGACCAACGAAACUCGAAGAAGCCAAAAGAAGUGAGGAAUAAGAGAAGGAGAAAAGUCUGUUGCGAGUGUGGGCGCAAGCAAAGGUAUCUAUCAAAACACUUACAGAAGCAGCACGGGUGCAUACAAGGCACAAAGAGGUAUUGGAAGGCUCUUAAAGAAUCCCGGCCUGUCUAUCAGUCCAGUGCUUCUUUCGCUCAGAAUUUUGUCGAGAUAGAAGGUGACUCACCAGGUGAAGAAGCUACUGAAAAAAGUAACCAGUUCAAGGAGAGUAAAAAAAAUGCUGCACCUAGAGGACAUAUGAAUGACGACACAGGGACCUUGGGGGCAACCAGUUCAACUUCGACUGUAGACAAAGUGAUUGUUGUAGAAUCGGCAAGUGAUGGUGAAGACGACCUUGAAUAUUUAGAGGAGUGUGCAGAAAGCGAUGAUGCUGUGGAGGUCCAAACUGAAGCUUGUGAUCAACAAAAAAAAGAGUAUUCGAAGCGUUCGGGAAAUGGAUCCUUAGCCCCGAUGGGGGCGAAAAGAUGCAAGGCCAGCUGCGCUAGUGGUGCGACAAGUGGAGACAAUACUGUCGAUAAUAGGAACACAAACCGUUGA